ACCGGGCGGGGCCGGGCGGGAGCGCGAGGGCCGGGACGCGCGGGCGGAGGGGCACCGGCGCGGGAUCCGGUGCGGGGUUCGAAUCGGCACCGUUGCGGGACGGGCGCGGAGCCAUGGCGUCGUCGGGGCCGGCAGGACCGCUGCUGCUGCUGCUCGUGCUGCUGCUGGGCGCGCGGGCCGGGCUCCCCUUCCGCCCGGGCCGGGGCUGCUACCGGGCGCCGCGCGGGGACCGGCUGGCCCCCCUGGGGCGCAGGACCUACCCGCGGCCUCACGAGUACCUGUCCCCGUCGGAUCUGCCCAAGAGCUGGGACUGGCGCAACGUGGACGGGGUCAACUACGCCAGCGUCACCCGCAACCAGCACAUCCCCCAGUACUGCGGCUCCUGCUGGGCGCACGGCAGCACCAGCGCCAUGGCGGAUCGGAUCAACAUCAAGAGGAAGGGGGCAUGGCCCUCCACCCUCCUGUCUGUGCAGCACGUCAUCGACUGCGGGAUGGCUGGCUCCUGCGAGGGGGGCAAUGACCUGGAGGUGUGGUCCUACGCCCAGAGGCACGGCAUUCCGGACGAGACCUGCAACAACUACCAGGCCAAGGACCAGAAGUGUGACAAGUUCAACCAGUGUGGCACAUGCACAGAGUUCAAGGAGUGUCAGCCUAUUCAGAACUACACGCUCUGGAAAGUGGGCGACUACGGCUCCGUGGCUGGCAGGGAGAAGAUGAUGGCAGAGAUCUACGCCAACGGUCCCAUCAGCUGCGGGAUAAUGGCGACAGAAAAGAUGGUGAAUUACAGCGGGGGCAUCUACGCGGAGUACCAGGAGCAGAGCUACAUUAACCACGUCAUUUCCGUGGCAGGCUGGGGCAUCAGCGAUGGGACUGAGUACUGGAUUGUCCGGAAUUCGUGGGGUGAACCAUGGGGCGAGCGAGGCUGGAUGCGGAUAGUGACCAGCACCUACAAAGACGGGAAGGGCGCGAAAUACAACCUUGCUAUCGAGGACAGCUGCUCAUUUGGGGACCCCAUCGUUUAAGGCAGAUGUCUCGGAGAGCAGAUCUUUAAGAAAAUAUCAUGAACUUCCGUGGUUUGGAGGAUUGGGAGCUGAUGUUCAAAUCACACUGCGAGGGCACUAAGCACCUGGCGGAGCACAUCCCGAGAGAGUCUCAGAAGGGAUGGCAUAAACCAGCCCAGGCCACUCCCUGCAGGACUGCAGUGAACCAUCUACCUGCCCAAGAUGGGAUUGCAACACGUUAAUUAUGUGAACUGCAUUUUUGUCGAUUGAUGGUUUGGUAUUUUCCUUUUGGCAACUGUAGUCUAUAAUGUGGCAUUUAUCACCAGUUCUUUUGUCACCUUGGAAGGAAUGGGGAAUAGAGGGAGACAGCAGUUUCAAAUCGCCCAAGUGAUGAAUAAAAUACGGGAUUUCACAAGA